AUGAACCCUCAGCCCUUGUGCAAUGCAGCCCUUGGCGCCGGUUCGAUUGGACACGUGCGCAUCACAAGCCGCGCGCACGUCAAUGAGGUGUACUUCCAGGGCAUCAGCGGCCACAUCACCAUCCCCUCGGACCAGCCACCCAUCGCCGGCCGCCCCGGAACAUGCGCUGUCUACCGGGGCACUUCUGAGUGCGUGGGGCCGGGCGACGGAGUGGAGCAGGCCUACCCCGUGGCUGUCAAAGUGGACAGGUGCCCCUGGAGGCUGGAGCGGGUGCUGGCCUACAUGCACCACAUGGGGGACAUCUGCCCCGCGCUCGCAUCGUCCCCCUGGCUGAUGACAGUGCUGCGCACCGAAUUCCACUACAGCAGAGAGGGGCUGCGGCUCCUGCAGGUGCAGCCGCUGGGGGAGAGGUCGCUGCGGGAGCUGAUGGCCGGCUACCAGCAGGGCCCUCUGCUGCCUGACCUGAGGCGCCCAGUGAAAGAACCACGCUCAUUCGUGGAUGCGUCUCGCACGGCGGCACACCCGGAUACCUCCUACGACACCUACCUCCUGCGCCACGCGGGCGGCGGCAUGCCCUGGCGCGAGGCGCGGCUCAUUGGGCUGCAGCUGCUGCAAGGUAUAGCGGACCUGGAGCGCAUUGGCGUGGUGCAUACCGACAUCAAGCCGGACAACGUCGUCAUGCUGAACGGCCGGGUAUGUAGGGCCGGCUUUGAGGAGCAAGAGAGGUCUGAGUUCUGA